AUGGUCUCCUUCUUUGGGCUCAAAUUCGGAGGCGACAAAAAAAAGGGCCUGGACAAGUCUAGUGACAAAAGCCCUCAAGAUGACUGGAAAGGAACGAAACAAAGAGAACUGACCCAAGACCAUCUUUACGGCACAGCUCAGCAGAACGAAUACCCUGGUCGUUCCGGCACCUCGUACUCAACAAAAGGCCCUGCCAACUGGCGCCAGACUUUCAAAGGCUUCGGUGCCAACUCGUCCAUGGUCGACCUUUCCAGACCUACGCGUAAACAAAGUGUCAGCAGUUUACGUUAUCAGUCCUCUGAAGUCAACUUUCGGAAUCCAUGGAUGAACAGCAGCGCUGCAAAUCUCCCUCUGCCUUCUGCUCUUGGUGGCAGCAGUCAACGACUCGGCGCCUCGGAGCGGCCUUCUACAGCUGGCAGCCGCGUAAAGGAGUGGGUGAAUCCUCUCGACGUUCACUUUUGCAAAGAUACUGGAGCUCCUAGCUCUUCGCUCAACCCUGUCGAGGGACUAGUCAAAAGCCCUCUCGCUGUGCAAGUUGGCGCCGACAACGAUAAUGUGGUGAAGCCAUCUAGCCCUUCCAAAGACAAGACACUGCUAGUCAGCGGCGAGACGAUUCUCAGAAAUGGCUACCCAUCGCCACCUCAAUCGGUCAACAACGCUGACCAAACUCUCUCGCCUUCGGUGUCUGAUCUGUCCACGGCUGGCAAGCCUAGUGGUGACCCUUCGCAUCUCCCAUCGCCUGCUACAUCUACUUCACGCGCCAGUGAAGACCGCUGGGAGGCGCCUAAUGCUCGUAAUGUGUUUGCGAAGCGAGACACGAGUACAUUCCAUUCACCUCGUCGGCGUAGCUUCACCAUGGACCUGGAAGAGCAAGAGCUGGAAAGACUACGGAAGCAGAGGCAGACUGAAGGAUUCGCUGGUAGCUUUGCCGACUUUGACUUUGGUGAGGUUGUCACCAAGCAGUCUUCGAUUGAGCAAUCUUCAGAGCUUCCACCAGCGUGUCUAAACGCUAACGUCGACACUGAGUCGAGCCAGUCUUUCCCAGAGAAGCAAUUGCCAACCAGCAAGUCGGACAAUGUUUUGGCCAGCUCAACCUAUACGGUCUCGAAUAGUCUCGAACGCAGACUGAGCAACUCUCGAACGGAUACAAGGGCAAUGCGCGAUAUGCGUAGCUCACCAAGUCUCGGUGCAACCGCAUUUCAACUCCCCCCACCGGCGCCCGUGGAGGCUCCCAAGAUAGCGACCGUCCGACCUGCCACGAUCUAUGGUCGUGUCGGAGCUCCUAUGGCUGCUGCCGGCGCGCACCCUGGUAACGGCCCUGUAGCCGCAUUUGAUCCGCCACCUCGUUUAGGAUUCCGUGCUAGACUUGGCUCAGAUGCCAGCAGCCGGCGCAGGGCGAGCCCCCCCAAGCCCUUGAAGACGAGUGCCUCGCAGCCAAGACUUCUGUAUAAGAGUGCUUCGUCUCCGGUACGUGAUGACGAACCAAACCCAAAGGCUUUUUUCCAACCAACCGCCAAUGUGGAUCGCCAGUCGCCUAGCAGCGACGAGUCGAAGCGUAGCCUGGAUAUCAAGUCACCCAAGAGUCCAUUUACCAAGCCUGUGUUGGAGGGCGACUUUCCAAUGACGAAUGGUCUCCCGAGAGGGCGUCAACCUCCUCGGAGACCCCUGCGCUCUGACGAAGCCUCUUCACCCGAGCGGCCUAACUUUUCUUUGCCAGACUGGGGUUUGAGUGGCCCGACUGAGCCAAGACAUUCGGCAAUGCCACCUCCUCUCGUGACUAGCGGCCUGUCACGACCUUCGAUCUCGUCUGCUACUGAUAUGAGCCUUCCAAGCCCUUCAUUCGCGUCCUUUGAACUGUGCAUUUCCAACUCGGGCGAGAGUCUUACCCAAGCAUUUGAGGACGCACUCGGAAAGACGGCACUAUCUCCCGGCUUGGUUGGUGACUUUUUUACCGUCGACACAAGCUCUAGCAGCCCUACGGGCACUGCAACGAGAGUUGAAGCGAAAAGGGCGCCGCCACGGCCGGCUCCUGUCACUCUCCCGCCCUCUCCCAAGAAGAGCUCGGAGCGACGCUCGCCUGCACAGACACAGAGCGAAGUCGGUACUACAUUUAUUUAA